AUGGAUUUCACCGAAAUCCUCUCUUUCGCCGUGUUCCCUUCGUCCUGGCCAUCGGCGCUCUUCCUCGAAGAGCCUCAGCCGCUGCGGUUCAACCUGCCAGGUUGUCGAAGCGUGAUUUGCACAUCUCUCCACCAACCACUCUUGUGCACAUCUGCCUCUAUGUCGACAUGCAUGUACAGGAUUAGAGGGCUUCUGUCCGCCACUCGCUCUUUAUCUCCGGCCAUCUUUGCGUCUGUCUGUCCGAGUGCAGCGAUGCCCUUUCGGUGCGGAGACAUUCUGCGGUGCCGGUUUGAGUUGCUGACCGAAAUCACGCUUACGCCAGGCUGACUUUUUAAGAUCAACUUUUACUCGCCCCCCCCCUCACCUCCCCUCGUGGGCACAUCUGCUCUUGUCGUCAGCUUCUUCGCCUCGAGCAUGGCCAGCCCGGCUGCCGGGUGUCGGUUUCGGGCCCAACCUGGCGUACAGCCUCGUCAGACGGCAACAUCAGCAGCACCACGAAACACCCUGGCAACUACAGGAUCCGCUAAGUCGGCCGGCCGGAUCAGGGAUUCGCCGAGAUCGGAGUCCAGCCUGCCGGAAGGCGGGACACCCAAUUCUGCUGCUCGUCGAUGCCCGUCUCGGCGGGUCGGGCCGACUGUGAAUAGUCGAGGUUCCAGCGGAUCCGGCACCGGAAGCCGUUUCAGCCACACUUCGUUUGACAAAAGACCAACGAACAAGCUCAAGACGUCAGACGAUCCGCAUGAAUUGAGCGGAAAUUUGAGCAGACGACAGUCUAAUGGCCAAGAAGGAUCAGGAUUGAAGUCGCAGAGAUGCGGACAAAAAAACGGUGAGACAUGCUGUUUUAUUAUAUUCCCUUCAUGCUGUUUCAAGUAA